CGAAGGUCAGGUUCUGAAUCCGAUCUGAUCCAAUAUAGAACAACCUCCCAGCGUGCCACAACCGUUCACUCCUUCGUAAUACUAACUUCAUCUUCAACCACAAUAAACCUGCAAACCCUAACCCUAAUUCUAAUUCUCCAUCCAAUUAUGGCCACCGAUGGUCACGAUUCUCGACGCAAGCAUCACCGAUCAUCCUCUCCGGAAGACCUAGACAAAUCCUCCAAGCGUCACAAGCACCGCCACCAUCACCGCCAUCGUCACGGAACCAAAAGACGUGAUGAAGAGAUUCAUCACGAUGCCGGAAUAGUUGCCACGAUUCCUUCUCCAAGUCCUCCUCCUAUUCUCGCUCCGCACAGCCAUCUCCCUGACGAUGACGUCGAGGAGGGAGAGAUUCUCGAUGACGAGACUUUCGACGGUGUGGUUGGAAAGAAACAAUUGGAAUCCGAUGCUGAACCUGGUGAAAUUGAGGUGAAAGCAGAUCGAGAUCUUCGAUCUGAUAAGAAAAUUCCGGGACUUCCCACUAAAAGUUCGAAAACUGAAAGCGAGGGCUUCAGCAAUGAUAAAUUUAGUAGCCCUACUUCUGAUGCAGAAGAUGGGAAAUGGCGUCAGAGCCACAUUGAUUCUCGAAUUCAUGAAGAUGAUGAUUCUUCAAACCACUCUAGAGCUGAAACUCAUGCUAGGAGGGAUGUUCGAGCUGGUACUGAUGAUUUGGGCAAUGGGUAUUUGAACGUCAAGUCUUCCAAAGGCAAUGAGUGGCAGAAUGGGGAAGUUGGGCAUUUUAAAGGAAAAGAGAAACUAAAAGGUGACUAUGAUGGUGAAUCACUGGAGGCUAAUAGAAGGGAAGUAAAUUACCACAGACAAUCCUCCUCUGAAAUUGGAGAAGAAAAACGUAGACUGUCAGGAAAUUCUCCUUCUCGUGAUGGAUACAGAAGUCGAUCAAGAUCAGCUGGUCAUGCAAGGGAUAGGUCUCGUUCUCGUAGUGUAGUAGAAGAGUAUGCUCAUCCUAAGAGAAGGCACUCUAGGGAUCAAGGAUCCCUUUAUUAUACUAGCAGACACAAGAAUGAUUAUGACCUUGACGAGGAAAGAAGAAGGGAGCAUCGUCAUGGCAGUAAAGACCUGGUGGAAGAUGAGAGACAGGAACACAGUACUAGGUAUCACAGUAGGGAGUCCCGGCAUAGGGAUAGGGAAAACGAUAGGAGUAGGGACAGGUAUGUGGAUAGAGACUUACGCAGGGAAAAGAAGCGAGAGGAAACAAGCAGCAAUAAGGAGGUUGAUUGGGAGCGUAAAAGGGAAAAAGAACGUGGAAGGAGCCAUGAGAGGCAUAGAAGGGACAUGGAAAAAGAUAGGAGCAGGGAAAGGGACGAGGGCAGGGAUAGGAGAAGAGAAAAGCAAAGAGAUAGAAGCAGGGACAUGGUUUAUGAAAGGGAUAGGAGAAGGGAAAUGGAACGAGAUGUGAGCAGAGACAGAACAAGGGGUGGUGAGAGAGAUAGAGACUGGAAGCGUGAAUGGGAUUAUAGGAAUCAGGAAAGGGAUAACAUUAAGGAGAGGGAGAGACGAGAUGAUAGAUAUCGCCACAAAGAUAAAGAAGCCCCUAAUGGUAAGGAUAAGCAUAUGCGGCGUGAGGAUGGUAAUGACAGUGGAGAUAGAUAUAAAAAACAUUCAAGUCUUGAAGAAAACGGAUACCAUGCAGAUAGAAAGAGAAACUAUACCAUUGAAGAGGAUGAAAGGAAACUAAAAGGCCGUGAGGUUGAACAAGAUGAUGUAUAUGAGGAUACAUUGCAAUUACCUGAACAAGAAGAGGAAGAUCUGAACAGAAUCAAAGAGGAGAGUAGAAGGAGAAGAGAAGCAAUAUUGGAAAAAUACAAGAAGCAGAAUCAGCAAAUAGAACAAAAGGUUCGAAAUGAUGGAAAAGACAAGGAUGUGGACACUCCUACUGACAUUUCUAAAGCAAAUGAUGGUAAGAGUGAUGAUGUUGAUGAUGUGGAAUCAUCAUUCGCCGUUGGUAAGUCUCCACCAGAAAACGAGGAUGUUGGCUCAGAAAAGUUACCUGGUGCAGGGGGCCUAGGCGAGGGUACUCCAAAGAGUGAGAGGUCAGUUGACAAGUAUUGUGAUGAUAUAUUUGGUGAGACACCAACAGGAGUUCGGAAAAGGGGUAAAGGAGAUGGAUUACUGAUUGAGAGGGUUAGCCUGCAUGACAAUUGGGAUGAUGCAGAGGGCUAUUAUAGCUAUCGUUUUGGUGAAAUACUUGAUGGCCGAUAUGAAGUUGCUGCUGCACACGGGAAGGGUGUCUUUUCAACGGUUGUACGAGCAAAAAAUCUAAAAACUGGUAAUGGUGAGCCGGAUGAAGUAGCAAUAAAAAUUAUUCGCAAUAACGACACCAUGUACAAGGCUGGUUUGGAUGAAUUGAUCAUUUUAAAGAAAUUAGUAGGUGCAGAUCCGGAUGAUAAACGUCACUGUGUUCGUUUCCUUUCAAGCUUUAAGUACAGAAAUCAUCUAUGUUUAGUUUUUGAAUCUCUAAAUAUGAAUCUGCGUGAGGUUUUAAAGAAGUUUGGUCGCAAUAUUGGCCUUAAGCUAACUGCUGUGAGGGCAUAUGCAAAACAGCUUUUUAUUGCACUGAAGCAUCUCCGUAACUGUGGUGUUCUGCACUGUGAUAUAAAGCCCGAUAAUAUGUUGGUGAAUGAGGCUAAAAAUGUUUUGAAGCUUUGUGACUUUGGUAAUGCCAUGUUUGCUGGUAAAAAUGAAGUAACACCAUAUCUCGUGAGUCGCUUUUAUCGUGCACCUGAAAUAAUUCUUGGUUUGCAGUAUGAUCAUCCAUUGGAUAUUUGGUCUGUAGGCUGUUGUUUGUAUGAAUUAUAUACAGGGAAGGUUCUUUUUCCAGGGCUCACAAACAAUGACAUGCUGCGGCUUCACAUGGAAUUGAAGGGUCCUUUUCCAAAAAAGAUGCUUCGUAGGGGAGCAUUUACUGAACAACACUUUGACCAGGACCUGAGUUUUCAUGCUACCGAGGAGGAUCCUGUAACAAAAAAAACCAUAAAGCGGAUGAUUCUCAACAUAAAGCCGAAAGAUAUUGCAACAAUCAUCACCGGCUCUCCUGGGGAGGAUCCAAAAAUGUUGGCCAAUUUCAAAGAUCUUCUUGAUAAAAUUUUCAUCUUGGAUCCGGACAAGAGGUUGACAGUCUCACAAGCACUGAACCACCCAUUCAUCACUGGAGUGUCAUCGCAGUUGGCUGCCUGUUGAAGUGAAAAAGUGUGAUGUCCCUAAAGGCCUACACUUAACUGGCGGUUCUCAGUGGAAUGUACUGUUUCUAUUGAGACACCAGGGGUUUGAGGCUUCCCUCCCAUGCUUAGAUGCAUAAAAGGAACCCAGGAGAAGGUAUCUUGGUUUGUUUAUUAGGAAAUUAAAUUCACCGCUUUGGAAUGAAUUAUAAUUUCCAUUAAAAUUUGUUUUAUCAAUGCCUAUACUAUAGUUACUGUGUGUGACAGAAGAAUAUUUUAAGAUGAGCCUCAAGGCUCUUUUUUGAGUAUCUGAGAACAUGUGAGCUCAUCAGUUGUUUGUGUUUUAGCUAGGUGCAUAAAUUAGGGGUAGUGGUUACUGGUUAGUGAAGAAACUGCAUUUUCAUCCAGAUGCAGUUGCCACUACUACACAAAUUUCCAAUUGCAACUGCUUUAAAGAAAAUUUAGUAUAAGUGAAAGAGUACCAAAAUCUGUGUUUUUGGACAGUUCUUUUUUUCUUUAGCCAUGGCUUGAGUUGGGCAUAUAGAUAUAUAAUUGUACUCGAGCAUCUUUUUCCAUCUGAUGUCUUGUUUUCUUAUCAUUAUUUUCUUAAAUUUGCCUUUAUGUAUCCUAAUGGAAUUAUGUUGCAUUUUAUCCAUGGCGGGUCAUUCUGGAGGCAUUUCUACUGGAUGCUUGGCUGUGUUCUUGAAGCGUAUUCUUAUCUCGGUCAUUAAUGUGGAUCCCAAGGGUUCCAAUUUCAGUAGGUAACAAAUGCUGCAAGAAUAAUAUUUUAAGGUGAGCAUCUUUGUUAGAUAAUAAUGGAAUUGAAAAGAGGUAAUGGUGAAAGGAAUUUUUUUAAGAAAAAUAACUUAAUAAAUAUGGAUGAGACUUUCACCUUUUCCUCCUUUGGUGACCGCUAGAAUUUUAUUUUAACAUUUUUGGAUGCUCUUGAGUAUAAUUUAUUUUGCCUCUUAAAUUUUUUCUAAUUUGAAGCCAGAAUUUGGAAUUUUUGCCUCAUUUAAAAAAAAAAAGAACUAAACUGUUGUUUUUAAGCCUCAUAUUUAUUGUUCAACCCAUUUUUACAUAAAUAUAUACAAACUUAAAUCAUUUGACAUUCACCUCACUUUUAGUCAAAUACAAUUUUACAAAUCAAUUCAUUCAAAAUCAAAAUUUUCAACUUUGAACUAGACACACUUAGAAUUGUAUGACCAUUUCUUAUCAUCUGACCCACUUAUAUAUAUAUAUAUGGCCAUGACAUAAGUAAACCACAUAUCUCUGUUGUGACUACAAUUUUUGGAAAUAUGUUGGGUCAUUAUGUGGGGUGUUUAGACUAAUAAUGCUGUGGCAAACAUGUUUAAAGUUUGGGAUCUUACCAAUGAUCAUGAAGGAUUGGGUUUUAGAAUCAGACAAUGUAUAUAAGAGUUGUAUAUAUCUGCAAACAAGCCUAUUCAUUGAAUUCAAAUUAUACCAAUGCCCUCCAUAUAUCUAUGCAAUGAAACAAGGUGGGAGAUUUUCAAAACACGAUUCAUUGGAUUGGGCAUUUGGAUUUCAAGGUGUAGUAAGAAAGUUUACUAUCUGUCAAUCGGUGAGCUAUGAUGUUGCUAUGUGUAUGAUUGGUACUGUACUUAUCAAAAUAGGAACGCGGCGCACAAUGAAAAUUUCCCAACUUUCCUAGUCUCCCAAAACCUAUUUUCUGUGACAUGUGCCUCAACAAAAAUAAAAAGUUUUUCUUGACCCAAUUUGACAUUACUAAUUUGUUUUUUAAAUAGUUGAGCAUUAAUUUUGUUCCUUUGCUGACCAUAAACAAAGCUUGUUUAUUUUGAUACGUGGUAAACAAUGAAAAGCAUUAGUUAAAUAACAAAAAAUUGUAUUGGUAUUUUUUA